CCUACCCGUCCCCUCUCCGGCUGGCUGCCCUGCUCGCUCCGAUGCCGACCUCCUCACCCUCACUUCUGCAGGGCGAGGUAGCCGAAGCAGCUGCGAGCUCGGGGCUCCCGGCAGGGCCAUGGGACAGGCAGUGACGCGCCGCCUCCGAGCCCGAGCCCGCGCCGCGGCCAGCAGCCCGAUGGACCGCAGCGUCCCGGAUCCCGUACCUCGCAGCGCGCCCCGCAUCCCCGCCGCGCAGCCCGCGGGCUCCGCAGGGAGAAAAACAAAGGCCAAGGCGCCUCUCCCUCCAGCCGAGAUGAAGGGCACGGAUGUCUCUUCUGCUGAGGACCCUGUCGAAUCUACUGCUGUCGUCACAGAGCAACAAGACAAUAUGAUAGAUAAAGACAUUGUGCUCUCAGUGGUCCUGCCUGGAGAUAUCCUCAAGUCUACUACUGUUCAUGGCAGUAAGCCAAUGAUGGACUUGCUCGUGUUCCUCUGUGCACAGUAUCAUUUAAAUCCAUCAAGUCACACAAUUGAUUUGCUGUCUGCUGAAGAGAAUCUCAUCAAAUUUAAGCCAAACACACCAAUAGGAAUGCUGGAUGUAGAGAAGGUAAUUUUAAAGCCAAAAUCUCUGGAUAAGAAAAAGCCUACACCUAUAAUCCCAGAGAAAACUGUGAGAGUAGUGAUCAACUUUAAGAAAACACAGAAGACCAUAGUGAGAGUUAGUCCCCACGCACCGCUUCAAGACCUUGCUCCCAUUAUAUGCAGUAAAUGUGAGUUUGAUCCAUUGCACACAGUGUUGUUGAAGGAUUACCAGGCUCAGGAGCCCCUCGAUUUGACAAAAUCUCUUAAUGACUUGGGACUAAGAGAGUUAUAUGCCAUGGAUAUCAGCAGAGCCCCCUCUGUUACUGCCUUCAGUAAGUCAUCUUUCCAAGAAUCCUGCCAGAUAUCACACAACCCGGACAUUGUGAAGGAGAAAGAAAACAAAGGGAUUUUCAGCUUUUUCCAACGCAGCAAGAAAAAGCGAGAGCAAGCUGCCAGUGCUCCUGCAACCCCACUAGUGAACAAGCACCGUCCAUCUUUUACAAGGUCCAACACCAUUUCCAAACCCUACAUUUCCAACACACUGCCCUCAGAUGCACCCAAGAAGAGGCGUGCCCCACUGCCACCCAUGCCCACAUCCCAGGGCACUGUUCAGGGCCAGGAGAGACGUGCAUCUUGUGUGGAGAGAUCCACCAGUGUGGACGACACUGAUAAGAGUUCCUCUGAAGCGUUUAUGGUGAGGACAGGAUCACUGCAGCUCAGUAGCACAUCACUAGGAACUUCAUCUCUGAAGAGAACGAAGCGAAAAGCACCCGCCCCACCUUCGAAGCCCUCCCUGGCUCAGCCCGAUGAAAGGAACUCCGCACCUGCUCAUGGCCUACCUUUGGAAGAUGGAAUUGCUCCAGACAGCAUUUUGGAGGCGAGCUCACCUGAGGGAAUGUCUAGCCCAGACUCUACUUCUUUGGCAGAGGGCUCCCUUGGCCCCGGGUUCCUAAGCCAGGAGCAGUGCGCUGUGCCCAAGCCGACGGAUGAAAUCUCUGAGGGCCCUGGAACUCCAGAGGCGGCUGUAGCAUCCUUGACCUCUGGUGUAAGCUCUGAUUACAGUCUUGAAGAGAUAGAUGAAAAGGAAGAACUGGGCGAGGCACCUAAAGAUCAGGCUGGAAGCAUUUCUGUGAAGUCACCUGACAUGGCUUCAGCUUCUACUGAUAUGAGAAUUAUAGUGGAGAAUGAUCCUGACUCAGCCCUCAGCAUUAGUGAUGGAGAGACCUCUCCAAGCUCCAAGGGAAAAACUCAAGAUGGCAGAAACACAGAGGGGCAAGGGCCAUAUCAUCCUGUUGUAUGCCAUAUAGACAGUGAGGACAAAGUGUCUGACAGUAUAAAAGACGUGAAGACAUUGGGCCCAAACCAAGAGAGUGUAGUUCAAAAUGAAAUCAUAGUCUGUGCCACAAGCACAGAUUAUGUGAAAAACAGACGGAGGAAAAUGGAAACCACCAUAGAAGGCGAAGCACUGAAGAAAGCCGGCGAUAUGGAAGCUGAUAGAUUGUCAGGCUCUCCUGCAUGUAGAACGGAUAAUGUUAAAAGUUCGAGGGAAAACCAUCUAACAGCAUCGCCAGGACCAGAUCAAAAAUUGAAUCAACCGGGUGUAGAGAAGACAAAAACGCAGGAUGCAGCAAUUCAGGCCACCCCUGCCUGCAGCACUUUUGAUGGGAAUCACAAAGCCAGUAAUUCAUCUGACCUCGGGGUUGAUGAGACUCUGCAGGCUUCGGAUAGCAGCACAUCAACUCAGCACUCCUCUGCAAGUCUCCAGGAUUCUGUAAAUGCCUCAAGAGAAUUCAGGAGUCAGGGCACCUCAACAUACGUGCAAGAUAGACUCCCCGUGAAAGAGCCAGCUUGUACAUAUGGGAGUGAUGACCCUUUGUCGCCUAUAGAUGGAAGUGAUAAGAAUCCAGCUGCUUCUUAUCUAAAGAACUUUCCACUUUAUAGACAAGACUACAACCCCAAGCCAAAACCUUCAAAUGAAAUUACAAGAGAGUAUAUACCUAAAAUUGGAAUGACUACUUAUAAAAUAGUGCCUCCGAAAUCCCUGGAAAUGACGAGAGACUGGGAAUCAGAAGCAGUGGGGAAGAAAGAUGACCAAAAGAUACCUGCUGUAGGGCAGACGCAUACCAUUGAGAACAUGACAGAAAGUGCCAUGCAAACGGAAGCCCCUGUUACUUCUAAAAUCUUACAGCAGCCUCAGCCUGAUUUUAAGCCAAAGCCCAGCUCAGGAACAGAGCGUCAUUUGCACAGGACUGUGAGCUCACCAACUGGUACAGAGAUGAACCCUCCCAAACCGCCCAGAAUGACUACGGACACUGGCACCAUUCCUUUUGCACCAAAUUUGGAAGACAUAAACAAUAUUUUGGAGUCCAAAUUUAGAGCCCGAGCUUCAAAUCCGCAGGCCAAACCAAGUUCAUUCUUUUUGCAGAUGCAAAAGAGAGCGUCAGGCCACUAUGUGACAUCUGCAGCUGCUAAGAGCAUCCACACUGCCCCUGGGCCUACCCCUAAAGAACCAACAGUCAAGGAGGUGCAAAGGGACCCACAGCUUUCUCCAGAACAGCAUCUUUCUCCCUUAAGUGAAAGGACUCACUCUGCUCUGCUGCCCAAUAUUUCAAAAGCUGAUGAAGAUAGAAUUCAGAAGCCUGCUGAGACCUCUCCUCCUCCUGUAGCUCCCAAGCCUGUGGCUCUUCCCACUGAGGCCUCUCCUCCUCCUGUAGCUCCCAAGCCUGUGGCUCUUCCCACUGAGGCUUCUCUUCCCCCUGUAGCUCCCAAGCCUGUGGCUCUUCCCACUGAGGCUUCUCUUCCCCCUGUAGCUCCAAAGCCUGUGACUCUUCCUGGUAGUCAGGGAACAUUGCUAAACCUGAAGACCUUGAAAACGUUCGGGGCCCCAAGACCAUACUCCAGUUCUGGGCCCUCACCCUUUGCCCUUGCUGUGGUGAAAAGGUCACAGUCCUUCAGUAAGGCAUGCCCAGAGUCACCCAGUGAGGGCUCCUCUGCCCAGGCACCAGCUGCCAUACAGGAUGAAAAGACACAUACAGUAAAUACGUCUGUGGUGGGCUCCCAACCUGAUAAUAUUGAUAAGCAAAAUAAUCCUGUACAGAAUGAGCACAGUUCUCAAAUACUGACUCCAGCUGAUGGCCCAUCGUUCACCCUUAAGAGACAGAGUUCUCUAACAUUCCAGAGCUCUGACCCAGAGCAUGUCCGGCAGAGCUUGCUCACUGCAAUCCGGUCUGGAGAGGCUGCUGCCAAGUUGAAGAGAGUUACUGUUCCAUCCAAUACAAUAUCUGUGAAUGGGAAGUCAGGGCCCAGCCAGUCCAUGUCCGUUGACGCCCAGGGCAGUCGCUAACAUUACCCUGUUGUGACACUUCACUGACCAGCUUUCUGCCUACAAGGAAUAUUGACAAAUAUAUAUUCAGAUGUACAUUAAUAUAUAAAUCUGUUUAAGAACAAACAUUUGUAUUACGGAUUUAAUGCCAAAAGAAAAAUGAGUAGAAUCUAUAAUUUAUAAUAAUUUUUGGCCCUUCUGUUAAAGCUAAAUACUGCUGCUUUAGAAACGAAAAACAAGCUGUAAAUGACUUGGAUUUUUCCAAUGAUGAAUAAUCACUGCUUACGUUUUUUUUUUUUUUUUUCCUUAUGGACAUGCUGUAUAUCGUGAAACGAAGGUGUAAGAUUUAUAGACAUACUGUAUGACACAGAAACAGGCAAGCACAGACUAACAUAUACUGCCUCAGUGUUAGGCUAUAAUUAGAUAAAUUAUAGUACAGCCUUUGUUGCUGAAAGAUGUGGAAGACUAGUAAAUCAAAUAAAUAAUGUUCAGUUAUUUUUAUUGAAGAAUCACUGAGACUUAUUUUAUGUAUUCUUUAAUUACAAGUGUCAGAUCUGUAGGAAACAGUUGAGUAUUUUUAAAUAGAACACUUUAACCUUUAGAAGUAAAAUUGCACAAGAAGACUUUAAGGUAUUUUCUGUAUAUAGUUAUGAUGUUGUUACACAGAUAGUACAUAUUUUCUAAUGCCAGAGGCCUUAAAAUAUUCCUGUGAAAAUGUUGAUACAUUGUGACAGUUACUUCACUUUCGGUAUAGGGAGGAAUAAGGGUUAGUUUAUGUCCACAUUCAAAACUUUGAAGUUAGACAUUUGCAAAAUCCUCAUUUUAAUUAAAGAAAAUGCUAAAUUAGUCAUUUAUGUAGCUCAGAUGCUAGACAUCUAAAUAAUAAUAUAUAUUUUCCUGAAAGCCAAAAUGGCUGAUGUGUUGGCUUCCAACGUUCAGAGGUGUAGAACAUGUUAGUGUCCUGAACUUCUUAAGAAUUUAAUUCCUCUUUUAUUCAAAAAACUACUCAAAACACCUGACACUGUUUGAACUCUUCCUAAAGCUACUGGAGUAUCGGUCAUUUUGACACAUGUGAACCUUUUUCCGUUUAAUAAAAGCAAGUUAUAUAUUUGAAGUCUGUUGUUUCCAAUGUAGCCUAUGUUAACUAGCAUAUUUGAAUACCUGACCUGCAGUACAUGCGAAUGUGUAUCUUUUUAUGAGUAUGGGUGUUCUGCCUGCAUAUAUGCCUGUAUUUCUUGUGUGUUUAGAGCCUGUGAAGUCCAAAGUAAAGCACUGGAUCCCCUGGGACUGGUGUUACAGGCAGACUGAGCUGGUAGGUAGUUACUGAGUCAUCUGAAAGAGCAGCCAAUGCUCUCAGCUGCUGAACCAUUCCCCCAGCUCCGAUGGACACGUUCUGUCAGUCACUAACAUGCAGGUAACAGCAAUGCCUUUUUGUUUUUUCUGGUUAUCAGGAUUCCCAGCGAAUAGUUGAGCUCUGAUAAUUGGAUGCCAUCACAUAAAAUUCUUAGCCUAGUUCCAGAUCCUACUGUUUCCUUGUUUCAAACAUGGAGUGAGAACUUUCUGUACAUUACAUCAUUAUAAACCAGCAAACAGCAAGUUGUCGAAAACUAGUGUUUGUGUAUUUACCUAUUUGAGGAAAAACACGGUCUAUUUCAGACUACAUCACCAAUGUGUUUGUGUUAGACUGAAGGCUUUUAAAAUAAUGUUUUAAAACUUAGAAUAUGAUUCAUGCUUUCAGACUACAGUAUGUGAAACUUGUUUAUUAAUAUGCUGUCAUAAAACAUAUGAUGAAUCUCAAACACUUAAGUGAGAUGUAUGUGAGUACCAUGAAGGCAAAUAAGCCCCAUGUAAUAGAGUGCUUUAAAUAUGUAAAAGGAUGAAUUUGUUAACAGCACAAGGAAAUCUAAAAGACUAGUAAAUAUGCAAAACACUUUUGCAUAUUUGCAUAUGCUUACAUUUGCCUAUCUGCAUUGCAUAUGCAAAUCAGAAAUAGUGGAGAGUAAGUAGGAAAUACACAGAGGGUACCAUUUCAGUUGAACUGCAAUCAAGGAUUGAAAACAAGCAAAGUCUUGCUGCUGUUAGGAAGUGCACUGGCAAAUCAGAGGUCCAUUUCCUGUAUCCUCAAAAUUAGGAACAUGUAAAGGGGAUGUUCACAUGAUGUGACAGUGUUAUAUGUAACCUUUCAGUGUGCUACACUGAGGUAUGGCACAGAUACAGCAAAAAUAAUAACAGGUGAAAAAAAAUGUGGAAUGAGAUGUGUUUCAUGGUAUCAGUUUCAGAGAGUGUAAAAUAUCAAUGAUUCUGUACGUUAUGGUUGAACAUGCCGAAAAAAAAUAAAAUCUACUCCCACUC